GUCCAUUUUCAAUACAGCUGCAGAAAUGAAUGAAUUGACAAGGAAUGUUUGCCCUUAGCUAGCACUGUCAUAUUAUUCCGGUAAUGCGAGCUGUUAUACAACGUGUGGCUAAAGCGUCUGUCAAAGUCGGGGAAGAAGUGGUAGGCUCCAUCGGUCGAGGUGUCUGUGUCUUCGUAGGGAUUAGCAAAGAUGAUAAAGAAGACGACAUAGAAUAUAUAGUGCGAAAGAUUUUGAAUAUUCGACUAUUUGAGUCUGAUAAAAAGCGAUGGGACAAAUCUGUUAAAGACGAGGGUCUUGAAGUACUUUGUGUUAGUCAAUUCACGCUCUAUGGAAUUUUGAAGGGAAACAAGCUUGAUUUUCACAACUCUAUGAAUCCUGAAGAUGCAUCUGCCUUCUAUGCCCGGUUUAUGGAUCGAAUGCGUUCAUCUUAUUCUCAUGAGAAAAUUCAGGAUGGUCGCUUUGCUGCAUAUAUGAAUGUUGAAAUUGUUAAUGAUGGUCCCGUUACAAUCAAUAUAGAUAGUAAGAUCAAGGACUGACUUCCGCUAAUUUUCAUAAAUUCAUUUUAAUUUAUAUGAAUAAAUCUCAUCAUGUGUUA